UGGUGUAUAAUUCUUGUUCGAAUAAAAAGACCGCCUGCAAAAUAACCGUCAACAUUCCGUUUAACGAAGUCAUCAUCGAAACUGAAAGAGUGUUCCUGCUGGUUACAGGCACAAAUCCACUCAGUUUUAUAAAAAGGAUACGGUCAUUCAGUGCUGAAGUUCGAACGGAUUGAGGAUACUCCCUAUCUAAUUGCUGAGAAAGAUACGAUCCUUAGUAUAUAAUAGUUAAAAAAGUGCUUUAUACUGAGUUUUGAAUUGGAAGUACCCAGAUAGUGUGAGAGCUUGCAUAAAGGAGAUUUUAAACGCUCAUUGUUCUUUCCUCCUCUGAGUGGUGUUUUGUGCUAAGGAACAGUUCAAGCCCUGCUAAUCCGUUUUCAUCCUCAAUCCCAUUCGCAUCUACCUCUUAACUUAGGGGAGAACCAGAAUUUCAACCACUCAAUAUAAAAUCAAGUGAAAUUAAGAAAAGGACGUGCAAAUAGUGAACAUCACAAAAAGAUACUUCCAAACUGAACAUCUAAUAACAGUGCCAAGAGCAGGUCCUUUUUGCUUUAGUACUUUGUUUUCAACUUUGCUAGUUUAGAAGGAAAGAAUUCGCCUUUUUCACUGAAGGACAAUUGAAGCAAUUUUACAGGAUGCAUCUACAUCACGUCGCAGUAACUUUCCUCGCCAUCUUGACACUAAACCUUCCUCUAGGAAAAUGUGGUCCAGCACGGUCAAUUGCUCUGGUUGCACAGCGUUCACCGAAAAUUCCAAUUUCAAUUCGGGCGCCAUUUAAGCAUUCAGAGACGAUGGUUGCUAGAGGCUAUGGUAAACGUGCGUUUUCAAUUGGAGACUCCCAGUUCGCCCGAGGAUAUGGAAAACGAGGUGGCUCUGAUGAGGUGAGGUUUCCAUUUAAUGGUCAAUCCCAAUCGCAAUUCGCUCGCGGUUUUGGCAAGCGAUUGAGUUUGAGCCAUCCUGAGGCCACGGAAUAUCAAAAUUAUGGAAGCAAGGCUAUGAGCUUCCUGGACGAGGAAGCUAACAACAAUAGCGAGGUGACAAAUGAAACUUCAGAACAAGUUUCAAAUGAAUCCAGCCAAGUUGACGGUGUUCCUGUUGAAUGGGUAGCCAAGGAACUAGCUGACAACCGUGGACUAUUAAAGGCCAUUCUUUAUAGGUUUGUGGAUACAAACAAAGAUGGUUUCCUAACAUCACAGGAGUUUCUGGGUACGUCGAACAAUGAUGGUAACAACAACUCGUAUUAACUGAAAAGGCACAGGAAGGAAGAUUUUAUCCAUUAUAUAUAUAUAUUCCCAAACGUCAGUGAAUGUCACUUCCCGGAAUUAUUUGAAAGAUAUUAAAAAAACUUUCAUUCCAAAUGUCAUUCGAACAUCUUUUUUGAUUUUUGUAAUAGAAAAGAUAUUAGUUGUAUAAAAGGAUGCUAAAAUACUAAAUGGGAAAAGAUAUAAAUAUGAAUGUAUUAAGCAUUAUAUAUUAUAAAUUAAAGAACGCAAAAAUAUGAAAAAAUUCAAGAAAAUAGUAACAAAUCCCUGUAAAAUAUUUAAACUAUAAAAUGUUGCGUGAAUGUACAUUUUAGACUAUCUAAAUCAAAUGUAAUCAACAAAGGAGGAUCUAAAGAUACUAAUAAAAUAUAAACUUAGUUAAAAUUAUAAAAAAUGUUUCUAUGGCUGGAGGAAAUAUUUUUUAUAAUUUUCAUAACAGAAAUUAAGAGACAGAUAAAAGACUAGAGAGGGUCACUCGAUCCCUGAUGAAUUUUUUUAAGAAUAUUAAAAAAAAGAUGAAACGAUACAAAGAAUUAUAAAUAAAUAGAUGAGAAAUUGGAAAAGUAUUAUUAUAAUGUUUUCCAAUAUUAAGUAAAUUAUAUACACAUUUAUAUUAUAUACAUACUGAAUUGUUUUAAAAGACACAACCUGAAUCAUAAUAUGUUAAAAGUUUCAAAAAGAAAAGUCAAGAAAUAUUUAAAGAAAAUGUUCCCAAUUCAAUGAAAAUAGUAUAAAGGAAAGGAACACUAUAUAUCAUAUAUAAUAAUAUAUAAUUCAAAUGUUUCAUCUACUUUUUCCGUUGGCCCAAGAACAAACUAGACGAUAAAAUUGCUAGUUCCGUUGUCAUGUAUACAUAGAGAUCAUAUGAAUGAAAAGUAAUGAUAUUUAAAUAAAAGCAA